UUUCUAUUGACUGAUUUCAUUAUAUGAACUGUAACUCAGAAUCUUUUUUGCAUGUUGCGUUUAUAUUUUUUGAUCAGUAUAUUGACUACAAAUGUUUGUUGUUUUGAAACUGUCACUUGUCUGUUUUAGUUUUAGUUUUCUUUAUUGCAUACUUACCUCCUGUUUUUAUAUCCUUUGUUGCUUCGUGGAUGGUUGAUCCAUGUAGCAGAGUAGUAACGCCAAUCAAUGCCCUACCCAGAGCUCUCUCUGAGGGGACGCAUACCCCUACAGGAGUUCCUUUGUUUUAGUCUUAUGGGAAAUGUAGUCACACCAGGCUCAUGUCCUGUGUUCUCUCCCUACUCUGCUCUCCCCGGCUUGUUUGUCCCUUGGAGCCAGCAGCCGACCCUGUUGUUUUGAGGCAAGUCUUCUGAUAUCUUCUCAUUCAGGCAGAGAUACAGCAUCGGGAAGGUUAAUGUUAACUUUUCCUCCUUUCCCUGUAAUGACAUUCUAGCAGUUCUAGUUUUUGGAGCAUGGUGUGUGCAUAUCUCAAACACAAUAUCACAUUAAACCUGUGUGGUUUCAUUUGACUUUUCUUACCCAGUAUGUGUCCUGUUCUCUUUUGUACUACCGGAGUGAAGUUGUUAACUCACUUUUGCCCAUAAUUAGGAGAUGUCUGACGACAGGUGGCAGUGGGGUGGGAUGGUGUGUGUACAUGAGCUGAUUGUGUUUUUUUGAGAAAAAUCUGACCUGUCCUGACUUUGACCGCAGUGAUGGCAGGUGGUUGGUAACAUGCUGUAUUUUCGGUGGUUCAGUGGGUCUGUUAAAAGUGUGGUUGUUCCGCCCAGCAGGAGCCUUGCUUCAGACUGGCCUAAAAUGGGCAGAAAGGGUGCAGAACAAAAGCUGCUUGUUGCUUGUACAAAAGUACUGAAGCGCUGCAGCCGGGACCAAGCUGCUAUGCUAAUGCCUGUGCCUCUCAACAGGAAAGAGAGCCAAAAUGUUCCCGAAGGGCACGAAGCGCAAGUUUUCUGACUCCGGGGAUGAACCUGCGGCAGGCGGUGAGGAUGUAAACCAGCCGAGUUCGGUGGCCGUAAGGAUGCUGUCAUCCUACAGCCUGCAGCGGCAGUCCUUGCUGGACAUGUCCCUAAUCAAGCUGCAGCUGUGCCACAUGCUGGUGGAGCCCAACCUGUGCCGUUCAGUGCUGAUUGCCAACACGGUGAGGCAGAUUCAGGAGGAGAUGACCCAGGACGGCACCUGGCAGAUCAUGACCCAGGCCCUGAGUGCUGCCAACGCUGCUGCCCAGUGCUCUGCAGACCGCCUGGUGGCCACCGAGGUGCUUUGUCGGCAGACCGAGGCAACCCAGGGGGAGCAGGUACUCAAGCCCUUCCCAGCGGUGGGGUCAGAGGGUUGCCCUGCAGAGGAGGAGGUGGUAGUGGAGGAGGAGGGCGAGGGGGGGGUGACCAUGUCCACGGUUUCCCCCCAAGCCCCAACCUCCUACCUGCCAGGCACCUUUGGCAUGGACCCCUGUUGGGAAGAGGAAAAUGGUGAAGAUGAGGAGGAAGAUGAGGACAGUGAGGAGUGUGGGUCUGGUUCGGAGGAGGGAGACAGUGACAGGCUUGUGGAGGACUCCAGGACAGCAGAGCAGGUCUUUGGCACGUUCGAGAUCAAAAACCCUGCGCCCAGCCCUGACCCUGCCCUGGAGGAACUGUUUUCAGAUGUGGAUGCGUCCUACUACGACCUUGACACGGUGCUGACAGGCAUGCAGAGUGCGCCUAAGAUGGGGCCCUACGACCUCCUGGAGAGCCUGUCUUCCCAUGGGCCCUCACCCCUCAGCUCUAGCACCAGCUGCCGAUCAGACCUCAAUGAACUGGACCACAUCAUGGAGAUCAUAGUGGGCUCCUGAGAAACAACACAUUUCCAUUCUUACAGACUUGGUAGACUCUUUACAGACAAUGCACAUGGUGCAUACAUGGAUAUCGUGUUAUUAUUAUACAUUCAGACGUUGAGGGUUUAUGAAAUCAAUAACUUAUUCAGUGUUACCACAUGCAGGUGUGCAUCUGUUAGUGGGCAGAGAUUACAGCAUAUACCAUUAUGAUUUUUCUUAUUUACAUACUUUUCUAUGUUUCCUUUUAUCAUACAAUCUAUUUUUCCAGUUUUGUUUUAAUUUAUUGUUAUGUAUGGACUGAAGAACAAUGUCAUUACACUACACAAGAAUAGAGACCGGAACAUCCAAACCUUUGAAGCAAUGUAUAUUUUCCUAAAGACUAAAACAAAUAUUAGUGAAAUAGAUGUAUAUUGUACGUAUAUAUGUAUAUUGAAAUAUAUUUUUUGCAACAUACAGUUUGGGAAAUGUACCAGUAUGACUACAUCUAAUCCCCCCUCCUAUUUUUAAUCUGACAGAGAUUUUGAAAUGUUAAUGUAGCCCGAUUUGACCAGUCUUCCUAUGGUUUGGAAUCAAGUUUCAAGACAGGGACCGUCCUGCUUUUUCAGGCACAUUUUUUUUCCCCCCGCUUGAUUUGAAUCCAUCUCUUACGACCUAGACUAGAUUUGUUCAAGUAUUAACAGAAACUCUUGCUUGAUAUCAGCAUUAAGAAGCCAUAUUUUCUGAUAUUUGUGUUAUUACAAAUUGAGAAUAAUGGGUUGACCCAUUAAGUUAUUACUUUUUAAUUUAUUUAAUUUAUUAAAUAGACACAAACAUGCCAAGUUGCUUUUAACUGAAUCGUGUAGACCCAUGUGAUAUAUUUUAUAUAUCACAAGGGUCUACCCAACCCCCCCCAUUUUUUCCCCCUCAAAAAUAACUAUGGGCCUGGGUUUACUAUUCACUAUGCAGUUCAUUUGUGAAAUGAUAUUUUGUACAGAAUUCAUCCAUAGAAAUGUCAAUGGUUUUUUUCUUUUUCCAUUUUUUUGGGAUGUACAAGCAACUGCCAUUCUAAAGAUUUUUCAAAAUGUCUUAUCAUGAUUAAGAGAUUACUCAGGCAAACCGUAUCAGUUAAAUCCGACAGUAUUACUCCGGUCAUUACUACCACAACACUCCUCUGAAUGAUGUCACUCUGCUUCAAACAGGAGCUAGAAUUUCAACAAUUGUAAAGUAUAUGCAUUUUUAUAUUAAUAAAAAAUGUAGCAUCUUUGUAAAUAUUUUUUAUAAUAAAAGGUGCAAAGUUAA